AAUGAAGGUUGACUACAAGUCGGUAUGAGCUGUAGUGUAGUGGAGAAAUCAGAUACAGAGAAGAAAUUCAUACAGAAAUUUGGUGCACUCGGUCAUUCUCUUGGAACCAUUAGGUUCAGUUCCAAGGGAUGUCAGAUCUUUAUCUGUUACAGUUGACCUCGGUUUUAACGGGCGACGGCCAUGUCGAGUUCAGUCACAGAGGAUAAGCCCCAAACUAACCGCCGUGCCCGGGGCCCCAUCUACCGGUUCAUCCGGCCCAGCCGCAGUCUUCGAAAAGAGCUUCUUACAGAACAUAGUUCUGGGACUCCUGAAGACCAUUGUGGUAAAGAACAUCAUCAGUUUUGGAAGAAAGCGACAUCUUUUAGACAAUCGUUAAGAGGAAUUUCUGAUCCCAAGUCUUCCCGAUUGGUUAGGUCUGUUUCCCAACAUCAAGUUGAAAACAACGAUCGGAAAGAGUGGGACCGAGAAUGUGGUUCUCAGAUGAACUUAAGCCUCUCUUACAACCGUAAGCAACAUUUUCAGUCAAAAUCCCGUUUCAGCCAGGACUUAGAACAUUCAAUUCUUUUGCAUAAACAAUCCCAAUCCCUUAGUGACAAUGAUACCAAUCCAGUCAUGGCUGUUCCAAACCAAACUUGUUUUUUGGGAGAGACGAAUCAAAUCAGUUUAAACUCCAGUGUGACAUCACUGGCAACUCAACAUCUGGUAUUUAAUAGGUCCGAACUGGAGCACCGAACUCCCCAUCAAAGGUCACCACGUAAAUUAACCAAAGAUUCUGGGUACGAGACCAGUGCCCAAGGAGAGUCAGACUACAUCAAUAUAGAUUAUUUGGGCGAAGAUGGAGAAAAGGACAUUCAGACUUCCUCGCUAACCGCCGUUCGGGGAUACUCCGAACCCCAAACUAGCCAAUGGGCUUCAGCUCAUGCUGUAGCAAGCAGCAGGUUACGUGACAGGUCCGACAAGGAAAGUAAAGAACUAUCUGGAUCCAGAUUAUCUACAAGUUGCCUUUUAGAUAAUGUGCACCACAAGUGCGAUUGAUGAUCGAUCCGUGUCUUCCAGCACCAGAAAUAAACUAAGUAUCUUGUACAAGGACUUACACUGUUGUCCACCCACCCCAGGUGGGUCAACGCUAAAUUAGCGGAAUUACAACGCACAGAUCAAGGGUUCGAUUUCCCGAGGUGGACAAAGCAUAUAGCCCAAUGUAGCUUUGAUUGAGAACAAACAAACAAAAUAAACUUACAGUGUGAGGACCGUCAUGAAUAAAAUGUCCUGAACUCACGUCCCAUUGCCUUGA